UCGAAAAAGCUCGACAAUGGUGGUUUCGCGGCGAAGAAGAACCCAGGCGUCAAACCCUAGAUCCGUUCUUCGGAAAUCCAUGGCGGGUGAUUCCGAUUCGGAUUUGGACACGGUCUGCGAAGAAUGCAGCUCAGGGAAACAACCGGCGAAGCUGCUGCUUUGUGACAAAUGCGAUAAAGGGUUUCAUCUUUUCUGUCUCAGGCCUAUCCUCGUUUCAGUUCCCAAAGGCUCCUGGUUCUGCCCUUCGUGUUCUAAACACCAGAUCCCCAAAUCUUUCCCUCUUGUUCAGACUAAAAUCAUAGACUUUUUCCGGAUUAAGCGGUCUCCAGACUCAUCUUAUAUCUCAAGUUCUCCAGAUAGCAUUGGGAAGAAACGGAAAAAGACCAGCUUGGUGAUGUCAAAGAAGAAGAGGAAGCUUCUUCCAUACAACCCUACCAUUGAUCCUCAAAGGAGACUCGAGCAAAUGGCGUCCCUCGCCACCGCGUUGAGAGCAUCCAACACAGAGUUCAGCAACAACCUCACUUAUGUAUCUGGCAAGGCUCCAAGAUCAGUAAACCAAGCUGUUUUUGAGAAAGGAGGCAUGCAGGUUCUAUGUAAACAAGACGCAGAGACCUUAGCCUUGUGCAAGAACAUGAUGGAUCGCGGUGAAUGCCCGCCUCUUAUGGUCGUCUUUGAUCCUUAUGAAGGGUUCACAGUAGAGGCGGACAGGUCUAUUAAAGACUUAACUAUAAUCACAGAGUAUGUCGGAGAUGUUGAUUAUCUGAGCAACAGAGAAGAUGACUAUGAUGGAGACAGCAUGAUGACUCUACUGCAUGCCUCUGAUCCUUUACAGUGCCUCGUUAUUUGCCCUGACAAACGCAGUAACAUCGCCCGCUUCAUCAGCGGCAUCAACAAUCACACCCCAGAAGGGAGGAAGAAGCAGAACCUGAAGUGUGUGAGGUUCAACAUCAACGGAGAAGCUAGGGUUCUUCUGGUAGCUAAUAGAGACAUAUCAAAAGGGGAGCGAUUGUAUUAUGAUUAUAAUGGAUAUGAACAUGAAUAUCCGACAGAACAUUUUGUAUAACCCUAACA